AGACAGGCAAUCGAACACAACACCACGAAAGCUGUUGGAUCGCUAAACGUUUUGCAUUCACUUGGCCUUAGCGCGUCAGGUUUUACAUGCGUCCUUGCAGCACGUAUCUAUGCUCAGUUCAUUCGCCCCCAAUGGUUUUGCUAUCCGAAAGCCGCUCAAAAAACACAUGAAACUGCUCCAGGAUACACAAGCCACCUGUCUACGCCGUAUCUAUGGUAG